GUGCACAAAGGAUGUGGCAAUCUGUUGAAAUUGUCUUUCUGGGCCGAACGUCAAUUAAACUGCAGUACGGAAGUAAGACUGUUUGAAAAGUCGAACUUGUGCUUCCAAACCCGACCACGUUCAGCGGAAGUGCAGUAGUUUCGCCUGUUCUCUACACCGGUCGUUUCUGGCCGUGUUCGAGAGGAUCAAACCCGCAAUGUAUCAUGGGGAAAUUUUUUGAAUGACUGACUGAUCUACAAAUUAGAACGAGUCAUUAUUUAUCAAUUUUUUUGUCAUGAUGCUCUCGUAAACCGCCGAUUUAAAAAGCGUGUGUCUUGGCACGUUAUACACCCGUUUCACACUUCAAGUAAGACAGACAACUCUUCCAGCAUAUAAACUCUCUCUAAAGAAUCAUGGACUUCGAUUUAGCUGACGCUCUCCGGAGCUCAUGUUCGAGUAUGGAGUUUGACACCGAAUACCGCCUGCCUGAUGCGAAGAGCGGACCAGAGAUGGAGCGCUGUGGGCUGCAAGCGGGCCUGAGCCUGGACUUGGAGGUUAUCCUACAGCAUCAGGGAGGCAUGAGACGGGUGGCUCACCUGGUGAUUGCGCUGCAUAGGAUGAAAAACCCCUCCCAGAAGUCCGACUCCACACACACUCCCCUGGACAUGGAGUGCACAGACGAGCAGUUUUGCAGCAUCAUCAUGGAUAACCUGGUGGAAGAGUGUGUGAUGGUCUCGAUCCAGGAGCCAAUGGGAGUGGUGACCAAAAAGGUAAAGGGGACCUUUGAGCAGAUUGGCAGUCCCCAGCAGUAUAGCCUGUGUGACCAUCACCAGAAGAGCCUGGUGUACUGCCACAGAACCAUGGAGCUGAAGGCCGUCACAAUCCAGGGAGGCAACAACCGGAGAGCGAGGUUCAACCUCUCCAAGUAUAGUAAUGCCAGCACCACCACCACCAAUCAGGCCCUGCCAGUUGUCUUAGGGAUAGACCAAUGGAACCUCUCCUGCUCCAAGCAGACAGACAGCACAACUCCUGUCCUACAGUUGGAGCGCUGUGAGGACCAGUUAACAACCAUCGGGGCUCAGGAAAAAACGGUUCGCUUCCUCUUCUACAAGAAUACCACUGGCUUCUCCCUGACCACCUUUGAGUCAGCCAUGUACCCUGGCUGGUUCAUCAGCACCUCACUGGAGCCAAGCCAGCCCAUACAGAUGUGUCAGAAACAGGACGACAGAAAGCUCAUCAACUUCAUGGUCAAACACUAAACACACACAAUCUGUCCCCCUAGUGUAUGUACCACGUACAACCAGAGAGCGAGUGCGGGGUGAAUCUGAGAAGAUAGACUGACUGAUAUUGUAGAGGAGUUGAAUGUUGAAUUGAUAGAGCUCUGCUUUUCUCAAACUCAAACAGCGUUACAUUGUGUGGUAACUAACUCCUUCUUGUUUAUUGAAAGUGGUUUGGUUGUAGUGAGGGAGCUUGACCAGCAGAUGGCACUGUGUUUAUUCUCUCUUCUGCAGUAUUGUGUUUUACCUCAGAAGCGAUCUUUGUUUCAUGAUUCCAUUGUUGAUACCGGCAGUAUUUCCGUAUUUUGAAGGUUAUAAACUUUAUUGCUGACAUAAAAAUGUUUUGGGGACUAUAUAAAAAAUGGACGAAUGAAACAAAUAGCAAAUUCUAAUUAUUUGGGGGAGUUUUUCUUUUACUCUUUCAGCGAAGGCCCAGUUAGAACUGAUUGCUCUGUAGGAUAGUAACAGUAUCAAGAAGACAUUGUUUUAGCCACAGAUGUAAAUGUUCAAAGUGUUACAUGUUUAAAAAAAAAAAGUAAAUUCAUAUUGAAUUCUUUAUCUUAUGGCUACAGUGCUAAGUAUAAAAUUCAUACAUUACAGUAGAGUAGAAAAGAGUAGAAUCGUUAAUAGUAAUAUGUGUCUCUGUACUCUGACUGAAUUAUCCGCUUCAAAUUAGUGAAGAGAUUUUAUUUGUGUAUUUCCUAUUAGAACGUGAAUCAUUACUUUUCAUUGUCUAACAUUGUCUAACAUUGUCUAACAGAUGUCAUUUUUAUUUGAAGUAUUUGUCGACUAUCAUCAUUUUUCUAAUACUACGAUUAACUUAGUUUUUAUCUCAUAAGCUAACAUUGUACAUAAACAGCAAACAUCAACUAAUAUGUAACACACAAUGACUUUUAGCGCCAAUAUUGUUUUUCAAUUCUUCAAAAUGUACAGUACCAUUCAAAAGUUUGGAUUUGUUUAACACUUUUCUUUGGUUACUACAUGGUUCCAUGUUAUUUCAUAGUUUUGAUGUCGUCACUAUAUUCUACAUUGUAGAAAUCAAGAAAAACCCUGUGAAUUAGUAGAUGGGUCCAAACUUUGGAUGUUUUAACAUUUCAAUGGUUAUAUGAUGUAUUUUACUGUAUGUUGGAAAUAAAGUGACUAUUCAAUGCA